CGUUACUCUGGCAACCGCCACAUCGAUGGACAGCGAUCAGGCUUACUAUUUGGAACAGGUCACUUUUGACUACGAUGAGGAUGACAACAGUGAAUACGAUGAAGUUCCAGUGGAAGAGAACAUUGAAGAUUUUAAUGGUGAAGAGGACUUUGAAACAGUCGUGAGGACAGUGGAAGAGGCUGAAAAACAGAAAACAGCCAUACAAACUGGAAAGACUGCUCGAGCUCCAACUGCUAGUUUGAGUGAACGUGCUGAAGUUGUUGAUGAUUUUGUGAGAAAUUUUCUGGUGAAAAUGAAUAUGCUGAGGACACUGGAUUGCUUUCAGACAGAAUGGUAUGAGAUGCAAGAGAAAGGUUUGCUGAACGAAGAAGACACUCACGUUUUUCCAGAUAUUUACGCUAGAAACCAGCAUCUCGAUGACGAAGUGAAGAAUCUAAGAAGAGAAGUGAACAAGCUGAGAGAUGCAGCACUCAAUGCAAAGCAAAUGCACGUGAAACUGAAGAAAGAAAGAGAUUUCCAUCGCAUGCACCACAAGAGAGUUGUACAAGAGAAAAACAAACUCAUUACUGACAUAAAGAGAUUGAAGCAACACUACUCUGUCUACGAGCCAACUCUACGUCAACUGAAGCAGCAAUACGAAGUGGCGUUGAGGGAGAAAAUGUUGAACAAACUUGAGAGAGAUCGAGCUGUCACUCACAUGACGUCUCUACAGACAGCACUUGAUCAGAUAGAAACGCAGACGGAAACAAGUAGAAAGAUGACGUUUUGUAGAAGUGACAGUCAGUCUAAUGAAGUCAAAAGGAGAGAGCAUGUCAAGAGACAAAGUGAGAGUGAGGGAAAGGAAACUGAGAGUAGCAAGGAGAAAGAGAGGCAGCAGCUGCAACAGACAGGCCUAGGGCAACAAGCGAGAGAGACAAAAACAGACGUCAAGGACUCUGAGUUUUUCACCACCAGUUUAGCAGCAGGACCAUCAGUCCAUGUUUUGCCUUCAUCCGCCCUUACUCGUCCAGGUGGCUUGCAGCUCAGCUUCACAAUGUCUGCACACAGCUUGCCAGUCAGCAAUGUGGCUUUCCAUCCUCGGAAAAAGAUUAUUGCUACAGUAAGCGAUGAUGCUACGUGGAAGCUGUGGGCAAUACCAAGUGGGGAUCUUAUUUUGUCCGGUGAAGGUCAUGAUGAUUGGAUUGCUGAUGUAGACUUCCAUCCAGGUGGGUCUCAACUUGCCACUGUGUCUGGUGACAGUACCGUGAAGGUGUGGGACUUCUCUGAAAGUCGUUGCAUUCUUACGUUUACUGACCACACCCACGCAGUGUGGGGAUGCUCAUUCCAUUCCUCGGGAAAUUUUCUUGCCACGAGUUCAAUGGAUCACACGGCGAAAAUAUUUGAUAUGAACAGCUUGAGGUGUCGACAGACAUUGAGAGGACACGCCGACUCGGUCAACAGCAUUCAGUUUAUGUCACAGACUAACAUGCUUUGCACGUGCUCAGCGGAUAAGACUGUCUCCCUGUGGGAUGCAAGAACGGGACUUUGUACACAAACAUUUUACGGUCAUCUCCACUCAUGCAAUCAUGUCGUCUUCAGCCCACAGGGUGAUGUGGUUGCGUCGUGUGACUCUUAUGGUAAUGUUAAACUGUGGGAUAUACGCAGUAUUGAGCCUCAAAUUGUACUAGAUCUCGGACCUCAUCCUGCUAAUCGGCUGUCGUUUGAUCCGAGUGGUCAGUAUCUUGCUAUUGCCAGUAAUGACAGCUACGUGUAUGUCAUUGAACUCCAUACAACUCAGGUCAGGCAACUUGCUGGACACAGCAAUGCUGUCCAGAGUGUCCUAUUUGAUCAUGAUGGUGAGCUACUUGUAUCAGCCGGGUCAGAUGACACAGUGGGAAUUUGGUCAUAAUUAGCAAGAAACAGUACAGCAGUGAUAC